AUGUCUAGCAGCCUAACAUCGCCACACGGAACAGGAAGCAACAAGAUCGACGAUGCCCUCGAUAUCAGUAUCAUCGUAUUCAUGGCCAUAGCCUUAUACAAUGCCCUCGAACUGGCAAUCCUCAUCCCGCUCUCCUUCCGCCGCUAUCGCAGCCUCUACUUCUGGUCUCUAUUGACCUCGACCGUCUUCGGCGUGGCUCCCCUGUCCAUCACGGGAGGACUACAAUACUUCAAUUUACAGCCGUUCAUCGCAAGCGUGGUUGUGCAGAAUUUUUCAUGGAUCAUGAUGGUACCCAAUCAGUCCAUCGUCCUCUACUCACGACUACACCUCGUAUCGCAAAAUACGACGAUAUUGAGAAUCGUCCGAUGGCUGAUCGUGCUCAGUCUAGUAGUAAUAGCCGUACCGACGAUCGUCUUGAAUGUGGGCUGGACCUAUAAACCGCAAUCCCCGGGUUGGAAUCGUGGAUACUUUGCUAUGGAGCGUGUUCAAGUGACAUGGUUCACGGCACAAGAAUGCUUCAUUUCGGGAGUCUACAUCUGGAAUACGGCGCGAUUGAUUAUGUUGAAUCCAAGCGGCGAAACGAAGCGACAUAAGAUCCUGUCUGAAUUGCUGGCUGUCAAUAUCGUCGUUAUUAUCAUGGAUCUGGCGCUGGUGGUUCUUCAGUAUUUGAAUUACUAUUUUACACAGGUGAUUUUCAAGGCGACGGUCUAUAGUGUCAAGUUGAAGCUUGAGUUUGCUGUCUUGGGUAUGCUGGUGUCGAUUGUGCAUAGGCGAGAUUCGGGCGGGGAGUUUUGGCAUGAAGAUCCAAUGCGGUUGGAUUCUUCUUGA